AUGCUUUUCUGGCAUGGUCAACCCGACCAUUACUGGUCCAGUUCUGGGGAGAUGUACCCCAUCUCCGGCCCUGGGCUGCUCAGGGACCCCCCCGUGCUGCCUUACCUGAAGCAGGAGGAACCCAACGGCAUCUCCACCUCGCAGCCCCCCUGCCCGGCUUUCCAGUACGUCCUCUGCGCCCCCACUUCUCCCGCUGUCCGGCACCACGAGGAGACCCUCACCUACCUCAAUCAGGGGCAGUCGUAUGAGAUCCGCAUGAUGGGGAACCCCCGGGGGGACCCCGGUGGGGAGGGACGGAGGAUGCUUAAGAGCGUGGUGCGGGUGGUCUUCCACGACCGGCGGCUGCAGUACUCGGAGCAGCAGCAGCUGGAGGGCUGGCGAUGGAGCCGCCCAGGCGAUCGCAUCCUCGACAUCGACAUCCCGCUCUCCGUCGGCAUCCUCGAACCCCAAAUCCACCCCACGCUGCUCAACACGGUGGAGUUCCUCUGGGACCCCUCGAGGAGGACGUCCGUCUUCGUGCAGGUUCACUGCAUCAGCACCGAGUUCACGCUGCGGAAGAACGGGGGGGAGAAAGGUGUCCCUUUCCGCAUCCAGAUCGACACCUUCGGGGUGGGGGGCAAGGGGGACCCCCCCGAGCACCUCCACUCUGCCAGCUGCCUCGUCAAGGUGUUCAAGCCCAAGGGUGCCGACAGGAAGCAGAAGACGGACCGGGAGAAGGUGGAGAAGCAGCCGGCGCCGGAGCGGGAGAAAUUCCAGCCGGCCUACGAGAGCACCGUGCUGGCCGAGUGCGCCCCGUGGCCGGACGCACUGGGUGCACCCCACAGCCCCCCGGGCACCCCAGGGCUGCCCCCCAGCCCCACUCCCUGCAGGGUGUGCGUGUCGCCUGCCUGCGCUGCCGAGAGCCCUGCGGAGAGUCCUGGUGAGGCGCUGAGCCCCUGCGCAUCCCCCCUGGAGACGCAGCAGUGGCUGCACAAGCAUCGCUUCUCUGCCUACGCCCGUGUCUUCGCCAACUUCGCAGGCGCCGACCUGCUGAAGCUCUCCCGCAGGGACCUGAUCCAGAUCUGCGGAGCCCCUGACGGCAUCCGCCUCUGCAACGCGCUGACGGGCAGGUGCCCGCGGCCCCGGCUGACCCUCUACGUGUCACGGGAGCCUGCCGGCGGGGCCGAAGGUGCAGAGGAUGGAUGCUCAGGGCUGUACCAGGAGGUGCACCUGGAGGAGCUGACGGCAGCCGAGCUGACUGGGAAGCUGGCCGAGCUGCUGGGGCUGCCCGCGGGCCAGAUCCUGCGGGUGUCCCGGCAGGGACCCUCCGGCAUCCACAUCCUCGUCAGCGACGUGAUGAUCAGGAACCUCCUGGAUGAGACGUGCUUCGUGGCGGCCGUUGGCAAAGGGUGCAGACAGCAGGAAGAGCGCAAUUACUUCCACAUCAGCUCGUCUUCCACAAACCUGUUCGAGUUUGACCAAGUUCUGCCCCGUUAA